GACCUGCGGGACUUCACUAAACGGACGCCGGUGGAGAGCCCUCACAUUCCGGUGAGGAUUCGUUUUGAGUGCAAGCCGCCACGUUCGGGCUCCACAAGCGAACCUUUUCUUUUUGACCACCUUCAUUCCGAGUUCAGCCGAAGUGAUGGAGUGCAUGAGGUUGACCGAGCACCAGACCAAAGUUUUGGAGGAAAGUUAUAAAAAGCAUCGGUGUCCCGACCAGGUGUCACUCAUGUUAAUUGCCGCUGAAACUGGACUCUCUGAAGUGGAGACGGAGCAAUGGUUCAAGCAGCGCAACUCCAAGUGGCGCCAGGCCGAGGGUCUUCCAGCUGAACUGGGUUCUGUGCUGGACUGAGACCAUCACCCCCCUCCCCGAGCCAACGUACUCUUUGUCCUGCCUCCAAAUGUUCUAUUUUGUAAAUGAAGCUAUUCUAACUUACGGAAUGUGAAGGUGCUUGUGUGCUGUUGACUAUAUAACCGACGUCUUUAGAUUAUUGUUAAUAAAGAGUUAAUAUGAAAACCUACCUGUUUUUGUGUGUUUGGGAGGCUUUUAAACAUACAGUAUUUACUGCUAUUGACAGUGAACCAGAGCUGCUCUAAAAAUUACCUUCCUACUGUUUCGACUCUAAUUUAUGAAUAAAAUUAAACUAAUUGGGUGCUGUUGACAGUAAUGGACGUCUAAUCCAUUUGAACUGGUGAGGCUGGUAGCGAUCAUUUGCUGAAACAAUCAUUCAGUGCCAGCCAUCUCAGUUAAAACCAAUUUGAUGUCUACGGUUGUAAAUGGCAUGCGAGGUUUUUGAGCAGUAUGCCAGACAUCUGUACGCUAGUUUAAGCUAACUACCUCCACAUUUUAUGGGCAGGCCAAAAGUAAACAAAUACCGACAAAAUAGUACAGUCACAAGGACCAUCCUCACGGUUUCCCCCAGUGCUUUAAAAGCCUGGCGGGCUGCCAGGUCUCUGGCUUCCUACCGACCUAAAACACACUACACACACACACUUCAAAAGAUAGUAUAAAUACAUACUUUAAACCGCAUUUGCUGAUGUGUUUGAAAGUGCAAUGCUGUCGUUAUGUGUGGUCAAACUUGCCGUAGCUCUGCUAUUGCAAUGAAUGGCAUUGUUUUUUUGUUUGUUCGGGUAAGUUAUUUUGGAUUUGUGCGAUUCCACCCCCCAACUCCUGCGGUGACAAUAAAUAGUUGGGUGCA